GAAUCCUCCUCCGUCUCCGGCCACAGUUCGCUCUCAGUACACGAUGGAGUUCGGUUAUUCCUCCAACAGUCCGUCGACACACCGGUCGUACAGCUACCGGCCCUACACCUAUCGCCACUUUGCCCCGCCCACCACCCCCUGCAGCACCGACGUGUGCGACAGCGACUACACGCCGGGACGCCGGGCGCCGCCCAAGUCCAGCGCCACUGCCGCAGCCAAGGGCUACACCAGCGACCUCAACUACGACUCGGAGCCUUUCCCGCCACCACCGACGCCCCGCAGCCAGUACCUGUCAGCGGAGGAGAACUGUGAGAGCUGCCCGCCGUCGCCUUACACCGAGCGCAGCUACUCGCACCACCUCUACCCGCCGCCGCCUUCGCCCUGCACGGACUCCUCGUGAGCCACGCCCCACUAACCCCCUCCCUACUGCCCCACCCACCUCCACACAGCUCCGCCCCCUCACUGUAAAUAGCAAUUGUGCAUAAAUGAGGCUAAAAAUGGGAACGAGAGACUGAGCGAGCGAGCGAGCGAGGAAACAGGAGAAAAAGAGAAAAGGAGCUGACGAACAUUUGUACAAAAAGAGAAAAACAUAUUUAUAUAUUUUCUAUACAGUGUUUACUGAUGACAUCAUCGACGUUUGUAUUAAGAAAUUUGUAAAUUUUUUAAGAAAAGGUUUUUAUUAAAAUCAUCACGAACAUCUGUUGCCUUAAAAACCGCAGAGGACGACGCUGAAGGACGAGAAGCAGGCGGCGAAAACUGAGCGGGGGGGCGUUCAAAUGAUCUGAUGCCAAAUAUCAAAACAUCUCGCGGCGGCGGCAGGAGACCACAGGAGCCCCUCCCCCACCCUCACAGCAGCCAUCUUGUCUGCAGUAACCAUGACGCGGGCGAGGACGGCGUGGAUGUGAGUCAUGAGCAGAGACGUUAAAGUUCCGAGUCAAAGCAAUAAAACAAAAAGGCACAUAUUUAUUCUCCAGCGUCUCCCAGCAGGAGGCGCUACAGAGGCUCAGAGGACACGAGACACAAAGAACUUCUUCUGAUGAAAUCCUCUCCGGCGGGGACAGGAAGUGUCCUUGUGUUGCCUCCAGGCCUCCAACAAAUCCUUCUUCCCACUAAACGUUCAGCGGCGACGUCUGUGUCACGUGACCCACAUCCAGGAACUCGUCGUCGUCGUGACGCAGACGAGAUUUAAACCAAAACGUUUGCAUAUGUUUGACUUUUUUUUUGUUGUCGCUGAAACGUUGAGAAACUCGACUGCGACGGCUUCGAUGUUGAACGACUCAAAGCUGCGUCGUCAUCGGAUUUAGUUUUUUGUUGGGGAAGCAGCGUUUCCCGCCGAGAACGCGACCUUGUGCCUGAGCAGUUUCAUCUCCAUGUUUUUUAUCGUUGUGACGUGGAGGAGGAAUCAGUGCCCACUAAAUGCUAUAUAGUAUUUUUGUACCACAUAUUGUGUAGAUAACGUAUUUAUAAGCUCUAUAGAAAAUCAUUGUAAAUCUUUCAUUGAACUCUGCAGUACUUUUCAUUCCGUCUUUUUUUAUAUUGCAUCAUUAUAUUUUUCUACAGAAAAUCAAACGUACGGCGACAAUCCGCGAUCGGUCGAGUCGAGGAACUUAUCCAGGUUUUCAGUGUCUGUUGAUGUAACGUCAGCCGGUGUUUGGACUGUUUGUGCCAAAACUCUUAGAUUUUUACCUUGUGGAGGCUUCGGGAGCUGAUCUGGGACCAGAGCUGAAACAACGUUGUGCAGAUCUUUCUUCUCUUUGUUUCUCGUGACAAAUAUAUUUUUAAAAUGUGUUCCAGCGUCUAAACGUCAUUGUUUUCACGUCCCUGACGCCAGACGUCCGUUUUGAGAGGAAACGAAACACCAGCGUGAAUUUAACGACAAUCGAAAACUUCAGAUGCAUCUCGAGAGAAACCACACGAGUCUGAAACGAGUCGGUUCAAAUCAGUUUCAAUUUGAUCCUAGUCACAAAGUCGUCACGAGACCUGAGACGGAAUCCUGAACUUUUAUAUUUCAGUAAAGUUUGGAACAUCGACUGAGGGUUCGUCAUGAAACAUUAAUUUAUCACAUUAAUGAAGUUUGUGUUGUUCAGCUUAAAGAUUGUGUUUACGACUUCAUUUCAAAAUGGCGGCUGUUCAGAAAAAUUACACCCGACUUUAAAAACCUAAAUGUUUUCAGACUCGAUCAAAGACACGGAUCCAUAAAAUGAAAUCUGACAAAUUGAUGAUUUACAAUAAAUCAGUGAGAUUAUCUACAGAUCAUUUUAUGAGUCUGAUGCACACAGUUUAAAUACUUGACAAUAUUUCUGUGCACAAGAUUCUGUUUCUGAAUGGAAACAUUUUGAAUUGAAUCAGAUUUAAAGGUUAACGUUUGUUCAGUUCUGAUGAGAAUUCAGAUUGUAAAGAAACUCUUUAGAAAAAUGUAAAGUCACUGAUCUGAACGGAAACUCAGUGACGAGCCUGAAGUUCAGUUCGUCUCCGGCCUCAGACACAACGUCGGCUCCCGCUGCCUCCGCACGUCCUGACAUCUGCCCACAGCUGUCGACCAGCUGAGUUACCUGUGGUACACACACACACACACACACACACACACACACACACACACACACACACGUCAGGUGUGUUUUCAGGCCGGCUGUGCGCACACACUCAUGUCAAGUUAAUCAUUUUGGGAGAGGUUCUCAUUCGCUAACUGCACUUUACAGAACUUUUUUAGCUGAUUUCCGGUACAAAACGUUGAGGUCGGAGUAAAGUUGUGUAAAGUUAAGGUCACAAAAAAGAAAGGAAAGAAGAAGCUGAGAGAAGUCGGACUGAGAUCUCCAGGUUUUUAAAAUAAGAUGAUGACGAGAUGUUUUUGUUGAAUUAUUCCCUCGAAGCAUUUUGAAUGAGUUCAGUUUAAUCCUCAAACCACCGAGUUCUUCCCUCAGAUUAAUGAUCAAAUCAAAGUGAAACAGAAAUUUAGUGAAUAAAUUAAGUCAUUUGAGUUUGAUUUAAUAUUUGAGGAGUAAAAUUAAAAAUCUGAUGGAUCCGUAAACUGGUGAUUUAGAUUGAUCUCAACUUGAUCUGUAGAGAAUCAUCGACACGUUUUCUUUAUAAGUUCUGAUAUAAAACAUGAAAAUUGUUUGAGAAAUGAAGUUUUUAAUGCAAGAAGCCGAAAUGAUCAAAUGUUUUAUACAAAUCGUUCAUCGUGCUGAUGGAAGGUCGUCGAGGUCGUGACCUUGGUUCAGACACUUAAACAUGUCGAGGUUUGAUUGAUCACUUCUGAUCAUUUGUGGGAAUAAUUUAUCAGAAAGCAAAGUUCCUCCAGGCUUCGUGGCGAAUUCGUGUUCGGUUAAAGUGAAACAGGAAUGAGACGAAUCAGACGCCUCCAGGUGUCGCUCCUGAGUCGACGUCUUUCUUCCCGUUGUGGCUGAACUUUGACCUGAAGGAGACUUUAGUUCAGAUUGUGAAGAACGUUCGAGAAAAAGGUCAAAGAAAGUAGAAAGGUUUUAAGAAAUGUUUUAAACAGGCGGACUCAUGUUUUAUAAUAAAGAAGAAGCACUUUUGUCUCCAGGUUUCUCGGAGGUUCGAACAGGAAACAGAAGUUUGUGUCGUCGUGUUUUGAAAUGUCCUUCAUCCGUUUCGAUCCCAUGGUGCUUUGCCAGGAUGUUUGUGGAGACGACCAACAUUUGGUUCGCCUCGUUCGUUUCACUCUUUUCUACGAUGACUGCUUCGCUGUAAACCAGAGCAUCAGAUGUACAGCGCCAUCCAGUGGCCACCAUAAGCUGUUGUAACUCAUGAAAUGCUGAUUUUUUUCCUUUUUGUUAAAUAUAAAGUGAGUGAACUUUUA